AUGUCCAACAAAGAAGAGAUCAAAAAUACGGAUGAAACUAUCAACGAGGUUUUGAAGGAUCCUACAAAGAAGAGAAAGGCCGAAGAUGAGAUCGAAAUCGACUUAAACCAGCCUGUGCCAUUAUCUAAAAAGCAGAAGCGUUUAUUGAGAAGAGGGAAAAUCACUCUUGAAGAGUUGAAUGCCAAAUACAACCUUGAUUCUAAGUCUGUCGAAGAGUACAAGAAAGAACUCUCUGAGAAGAAGGAUGAAGAAGGUAACAGUAGUCCGCGUAAGGAAGAAGAGUCCGGUGAUGAAGAGAAAGAAAAGACCUCUACCAAGGCUAAAAGAGAAAAGAAGUUUGGUGUUUGGGUCGGAAACUUGGCCUUUGAUACUGUUAAGGAAGACAUAACAAGAUUUAUAGUUGCCAAAACUAAAGAAAACGAUGAGGAGAGCCAAAUAUCGGAAAAGGAUAUUCUUAGAAUAAAUAUGCCGCUAGCCAAGAACGACGGUAAGAAGAUGAGGAACAAGGGUUUUGCAUACGUUGACUUCAAGACUGAGAAACAGAUGGAGGCCGCUAUCGCUUUGAGUGAAAGCGCUUUGAACGGUAGAAAUUUGCUAAUAAAGAACGCUAACAGUUACGAGGGUCGUCCAGACAAAAACGAUCUAGUUGCUGCAUCAAAGAACCCUCCAUCCAGAAUUCUAUUCGUCGGAAACCUAUCAUUUGACACCACUGAGGACUUGCUUAGAAAGCAUUUCCAGCACUGCGGUGAAAUUGUGAGAAUUAGAAUGGCUACUUUCGAAGAUAGUGGUAAGUGUAAGGGUUUCGCAUUCGUCGACUUCAAGGAUGAGACAGGUGCUACAAAUGCAUUGAAGGACAAAUCAUGUAGGAAGAUCGCCAGUAGACCAAUUAGAAUGGAAUUUGGUGAAGAUAGAUCCAAAAGACAAGUCAAGAGAAGACCAGCACAAGAUGACAGACAACCAAGGAAGCCAUCCUUUGACAUCAAAACUACUACUAACACGUCUACUGAUUCUACUCCUCCUCCUAUCAGAGAAAGACGUCCCAACUCUUACUCUCAAAGACAACCAUCAUACAAAGAUUCGAACAACCGUCUCAAAAGUAGUGUUGCUCUAGCCUCUGCUCAAAGAGGUUCCGCAGCUAUUGUUCCAUCUCAAGGUAAGAAAAUCACUUUCUAA